UACCAGAGAAGAAGAAGAAGAAGUUGUAAAGGAACACCCGCCAUUCAGGAGCGUUUCAGUUUAGUUUUCACGUUUAAACCGCCUAUUUGCUGUUUUACUUGAAGAAGCAUCCACUGGACGUUAAAAAAAUUCAGUUUAACUGAACAUAGCGGCGGAAAUCUCGCUAAAAGCCACCAUGACCCAACAAGCCGCGGCUCUUCAGACCUACAACAACGAGCUUGUCAAGUGUAUCGAGGAGCUGUGCUCGAAGCGGAACGAGCUGAACCGCCAGAUCCGGCUGGAGGAAGACGAGAAGGAACAACUCCAGCAGGACAUCCGGCUUCUCUCUGAGAAGCUGAGCCGGAUCAACGAGAGCAUGGCGCAAAGACUGACCACCAGGGCCAACCUGGACCGCACCAUCGCAGAGACAGAGGCUGCAUACGGCAAGAUCCUGGAGAGUUCCCAGUCUCUACUGAGUGUCCUGAAACAGGAAGCGGGAAACCUCAGCAAUUCUCCAGAGCAGUGGAAAAACUCACCUAACCCAAAUGGAGAUUUACAGACAGAAAGUGAGUAAAGGAUGAACCAGGAAGUGAGGCGUUUGGUUUCAGACAGAGAGCAGGAAGAGAUGGAUGGAUCAUCAAUGCCUCCACAGCAGCUUAGCCACAGCAGCCAAAAUAAAAAUUUAUGUUUUCGCAUCCA